AUGCAACGCUACUUCGCUGCUGCCGCGGGAAGCUGCGCAUACACCCCAGCAGCAGCAGCAGCAGCAGCAGCAGCAGCAGAAGCAGCAGCAGCAGAAGCAGCAGCAGCAGCAGCAGAAGCAGCAGCAGCAGAAGAAGCAGCAGCAGCAGCAGCAGCAGCAGUGGUGAACGAGCAACAGCAACAACAGCAACAGCAGCAACAGCAGCAACAGCACCAGCAGCAGCAACAACAGCAACAGCAGCAACCGGAACAACAGCAGCAGCAGCAACAACAAGAGCAGCAACAACAGCAGCAGCAGCAACAACAGCAACAACAACAGCAGCAGCAACAACAGCAGCAACAACAACAGCAACAGCAGCAGCAGCAACAGCAGCAACAACAAUAA